CACGGAGUACCUCGGUUUAAGCAGUCAGUUUACACCACCGCGUGUUAUCAACACUAUAGAGGACGCCUUGAUGCUGGUAAAAGAUGAUGACUUAAAGGUUGCUCUAAAGCCUGUACUAAUGAGCAGAGACCGGAUUAAAAUUGGGAAGUUAAUAGGCACAGGGCACUUCGGUUGUGUAUUUGAAGCAGUUUACGAAGACAGCGAACAUUACAACCCUUCAAAAGUAGCCGUGAAAACGUUUCAAGGAAAGGGUGCAGACAUUCAGCAUCUAGAUGAAUUCCUCAGAGAAGGAGCUCUGAUGACGUCAUUCCGCCAUGAUCACGUGUUGACAAUACUCGGGAUAUGCUUCGAAGUUGACGGCAACCCCAUGAUUAUAUUACCGUACAUGUCCAAUGGAGAUCUCAAAACCUACAUCGAGAAUCCUAAGAAUGCACCUACUGGACUACAGCUGCUGCAGUUUGGUUUGGACGUAGCCCGGGGCAUGGAAUACCUUGCUGAGAACAAAUUUGUCCAUCGAGAUUUGGCUGCUAGAAACUGCAUGCUAGAUAACCAGCUGCGAGCCAAAGUGGCCGAUUUUGGACUGACUCGUGACGUGUAUACCAAGGAAUAUUACAGCUCCAGAGACAAGCAGGCCAAGUUGCCGGUGAAAUGGAUGGCGCCAGAGUCCAUGGAGAGGAACGUUUACACUUUUAGAUCCGAUGUGUGGUCCUAUGGCGUACUACUUUGGAAACUGUUCACUCUCUGUUAGGUUUUUAUUAUCAUUAUUUACGUAUUCUAUUGUCUACAGUGGUCCUAU